AUGGACGAGUCCGUCGGAGACAAGUACGCAGCGGCCCUCAAGUGCGCCACACUGCACAGAGCUCAGGCCCACUCGGCCCGGCUGGCCGGGACGACCACGGGUGCCUUUGGCUUGGGCAGAGGCUCCGGGAAGUCGUACACCAUGAUGGGCACGGCCGGCCAGCCCGGGCUGAUCCCCAGGCUCUGCAGCGGGCUCUUUGAGCGGACUCACAGAGAGGAGAACGAAGAGCAGAGUUUUAAAGUGGAAGUGUCCUAUAUGGAAAUUUAUAAUGAAAAAGUCCGAGACCUUCUGGACCCCAAAGGAAGCCGCCAGACGCUGAAAGUCCGAGAGCACAGCGUGCUGGGGCCCUACGUGGACGGCCUGUCCAAGCUGGCGGUCAGGAGCUACAAGGACAUUGAGUCUUUGAUGUCCGAGGGCAACAAGUCCCGCACGGUUGCCGCCACCAACAUGAACGAGGAGAGCAGCCGCUCCCACGCCGUCUUCAAGAUCAGCCUCACGCACACCCUGUACGACGCGAGGUCUGGGACGUCCGGCGAGAAGGUGGGCAAACUCAGCCUGGUGGACUUAGCAGGCAGCGAGCGAGCCACGAAGACCGGGGCCGCGGGGGACAGGCUGAAGGAGGGCAGCAACAUCAACAAGUCAGUGCCGGGCGGUGCCCCGGGGGGCGCCUGGCGGCGUCUGCGGCCCCUGGGCCUCUGGAGCGGGCCAAGUCGCGCUCAGUGA